AUGACCAAAGAAGACCUUUUCGAUGCUGAAUUGGUAAUAAACAUCAAAAUUUACAACAACUUUGAUGCAAAAUUAUUCGAGGAAAGUGAUGACCAAGAACUAAAAGCAGAAGUUCAAAAGUUUCAAGAUUGGUACUGUGCCAUCAUUGAAAAAGUCGAAGAAAUUGCAAACAGGUUGGAAAAGGAAGAAAGUGUUGAUGCUACUGAGGUGAUACGUACUCUUGUUAAACAAGUGAGAUUAACAAGUACAGAUCAAACAGAAGCAACAGAUAUCGCUGAAGAUUGCAGCAGUAGUGAAAUUGUGAAAGAAAAGAGAGCAAACGCCAUUCAACACAGAAAGCAAAUAAGGGCUUUAUUCAAAAAAGAAGCAGAAGAUUUCUUAAAAAGUUGCCCAGUCAAAAAACUAACUUUGAACACCUUGUUUGCUUUGAUGAGUCAAGAAGAAAAGAAUCAAUUCCCAUGUUUAUUCAAUCUUGUGAAAAAGAUGAAUGCUAAGAGUCCAACCACUUGCACCAGUUGA